GGAUGGAGGUGGCCAGGGAUGGAGGUGGUCAGGGAUGGAGGUAGCCAAGGAUGGAGGUGGCCAGGGAUGGAGGUGACCAGGAUGGAGGUGGCCAGGGAUGGAGGUGACCAGGAUGGAGGUGGUCAGGGAUGGAGGUGGCAGAGAUGGUCCCUGUGUCCGCAGCAUCCUCAUCCCCUCGCCCGCCACCAGCUGCCCAAGGGUUAAGGAGAGUUUGCUGCUCCUGCAGACAUCAGUGACAUCUCUGCUGACAACGCCACACUGAGCUGCUCUCCCCUCCCCGGCAGCACCAGCCUGGCCUCCCCCAGCCCCACGCGGCCCCCGCGCCGCUGCGGCCCCGGCACCUCGCCCCGGCAGCUUUGGCACAAUCGCAAUCCCGAGCGGAGCAGCCGGCUCCCCUCCUGCCCUCUGACCCGCUGUUGCUGUGGAAACUGCAUCCCACACGUAGGAUUAUGGAGCUGGAAGCCGCAGGCUCCAAACUCCCCUUGCAAAUCCAGGCGGCUCCUGGGGUCUCGCGGUGGUGCUGGCCGUGGGGUGCCUGCCCCUGCUGGGUGCUCGGGGGGGGGGGUGGCAGCAGCACCGCUGGGCCCCCUGGUUUGCACCCACCGGCUGGUGGCACUGCCAAAAGUGCCCUGGUGUCACCACGAGGCCACCGGUGCCGCCUGGCACGUCUGCUCCCCUGAGCAUCAUUUCCCGCUGUGCCUGCAUCCCUGCAUCCUCAAGGGCUUGGGUACCACCAGCACCCCCCCCUUCGCCCACCAGCACCCCGGGGAGGUGGGUCCAUCCCAAGGACCCAUUCCCAACCACAUCCAUGGGCACCCCCCACCAGCACCCCCGACAUCCCUAGGGACACGCAGCGUGGGUCCCCAGGCCUGGGUGGGUGCGGGGGAGAGCGGAGCGGUUUGGGGAGCUCUGUGGGCUGGAUCUGUCUCGGCAUCUCCUCUCCCUGCCACCCGGGGAGGUAGGAGCUGAAUUAAUCGCGAUCAAUUAAUGCUGCUGCAAUCCUCAUCUUCCUCCCUGCACCAGCUUUGUGCCGUCGCACCCGGCGAGGGGGGCCUGGUGUCCCCAGCAGCAUCCCUCCAGAACCACACAGCCCCCCAGGAUGGGGAUUGGGGACAAGCAGGGUACCCCCAGCCCACGUGGGCACCCGUGCCCAUGGUGAGCAGCCGUGCCAGGCAAUCUGAUGAGUGGGGAUGGGGAGGGGACACAGGAGCCCCUCGAAGUCCCUGUGUGCCAGGGCUGGAGAGGGAUGGUGGGGGGUCUGGAUCCUGCAGUAUACUGCAGCAAAUGCCCUGCAAUCAGCAUCCGAAUGAAUCCCACCUUCCUUCCUUCCCCCACAACGUGCUGCCCUGGGCUACAGCUAAUCUAUUGUGCGCUGGGCUGCAGCCAGCACAAGCUGCAAUACAGUAAAUCCUUCUGCAGUAUCCUGCAAGGGGACCGAGCCCAGCCGCAGCCGCUCGCCGCCUGCCACACAAAGCUGGGGGGCUGCAGUGGGGAUGGGGCGCAGGGGUUGGGGGCACAGGAGGGCGGCAGAGACCCAGGCUCUGUGCAUGGAGCUCUGGAGCAAGGUGGGAAGUUCCCCAGGGAGUUUCGGUGCCCUGUGGAUCCCCCUCGCCCCCCAGAUCCCCACCAUGGGGCAAGGGGACGCUCCAUCCUCUGUCCCACUGCGCUUGGGGUUGGCCUUAAGCAAUGCCACCACCAUGGUCCCCACAAAGGUCCUGGUGCAGGGGUUUGCAUCCCUUCCUCUCGCUCUUCAUGGUGCCACCUCCCUUGUGCCUCAGUUUCCCCACUGGUACUAGUCCCACUGAUGCCUCCUCCCUGCUCCUGCAAGGCAACUCCAGCACACGUGAGCCCUGCUGCCCUUCGCUGAGGGAUCCUGCUCAGAUCCUGUUAUUAUCCCUAUUAUUACUAUUAUUACUCUUAUUAUUGGGAUGCUGGGGGGGGGGGCUCUGCAGCUCUGCCGGACCCGUCUUUGGAGAGCAAGGCAUCCUUCAAAGGGAAGGCUCUCUGUCACCGCCCCACAGCAGCUGCGUUCUCCUCAAUUAGAAGAGGUAAUGAAGCAAUUUAUGGGCAUCUCCAAAGUGAUGUGUGAGUGACAGGCUGUGUAUGAGCCGCGCCGGGGCUCUGCUGCCAACUUGUGUUCUUCCAGUCUUAAUGGGAAGCUCCCCGGUGAGGAUGGAUGGGGGGGAUAGGUGUGUCUAUAGGUGUGUGUGCUCUGAGGUUCCUAACGUGGAUCAGUGAUGCUGGGAGAGCUGCGUGCCCUCAUCCCCCCGUUCCUGGAGCCUGGCCCCCCAGGAUGCGCUGUGUCACAUGGAUGUAACCAGAGCCUGGAGGGCAGCUGGGUGGGAGCAGAGUGGGGGGCUGGAUGCCUGCAUCCAUGGGGAGAGUUGGCUGCAGCUUCCUGAUUCCAUCCUCACCACAGGCGCUGCCCACCCUGCUCCCUGCCUCAGUUUCCCCCUCAUCCCCACAUCCCCAGUGCUCCAACCUUUCAGCUCCUUGAGAGCCAGCACAGCCCCCAAACAGGGAAAAGGGCGUUUUGGGGCCAUCUCUUCUGAACGGGGCAGAAUCCAAUGAGCUGCCAAUGGCCUCCUGCGGGUACCCAAAGGAUGGGGGUCCCCUGGCUGUUUUGGGGACAUGUGGGUCCCUGGGUACAUGGCAGGGAGGGUGCAGGAGCAUGGUGGUGCAUUGUACCCUGUGUUGGUGUGAUCCUGCGUGCGCACGUUGCACACCCAUGUGCGUGUACCUGUGCACACCAGUGUGCACCCACCUGUGUGCACACCAGUGCCUGUGCAUGUUCCUGUGGGGACACCCAUGUAGGUACAUGUGUACUUGUACCAUGCGCGCACACGUGCACCCCUCUCUGCGCACUCUGCAUGUUCCAGUGGGUACCCCUGCACCCACGUAGGUGUGCAUGUACCUGUGCGCACACAUGUAUGCACCCAUCUGUGUGCAUGCUGCAUGCUGCUAUAGCCAUGGGUGCCCCUGCACCCAGGCAGAUGCGUGUGUACCUGUGUGCACACACAUGUGCACCCUCUAUGUGCAUGCUGCAUGCUCCUAUGCCCACAGGUGCCCCUGCACCCAGGUAGGUGCACACGUGCACAUGUACCUGUGCUUGUCUGCACCCAUGUGUGCGCCAUCCUCCCUCCAUGUGUGUGCCUGUGCACACAGCCCACACCAGUGGGUGCAUCCCCUCCCUGCCCACCCCUGUACGCAGGGUGCCAAGGUGCUGCUCCCCCUUUCUUCCCCACACCCCUACCCUGGCGCACCAGCGCUGGCACCAUCCCCAGUGGCUCCCACACCCCAGCUCGGCCCCAGCCGGCCCUGCACCACGCUGCAUCUCCCAGGAAACAGGAUCUGCAGCCAGGAGUUUCCGCUCAACUCGUGUGUGCCUCCCACAAAACGAAAAAAAACAGGGAAAAAAGAGAGGAAAAAAGAAAAGGGAAUAGAAAAAACCCAUCCACCCAACCCCCCCUGACACCAGCGAAUCCUGCCCGGCCCCUUCUGCUCUUCUUGUCUAGCCAGUUACUAAAAUUGGCCAAGGGAGGCAACCGGCUGCUCUCCCCCCGCCCAGACCCCCCGGUCCCACCUCGCCACCAGCGGGGUGCAGUGGGGAUGCCGGCCCCGCUGCGGUGGGGCUGCAAGCAAAGGGGUGCUGAUGGGCGCGGGGUGGUCCGGGACCCCCGCUGGGCUCGUGGUCCGCAUUCCCGCAUCCCGCCGGGAGCCCCUUUGCCGGCCCGGGCAGCCCCCCAGCCCCAGCGCCGGGGGAGCGUGGCUGUGCCUUCGGCAUGGGCACGGAUCCAUCUGGCGCCUUCCAAAUGUUACUGGCCUCGCAGGAUCCCGGCCCCGCUUGGCGUUAACCCGCACCUCACCGCGGCCCUGCAGCGCCCGCAGGCAGCGGGACCCCAGCACCGCUUCCCGGGGGUGCCCACUGGGUGCCGGGGGGCUGCGGAGCCGCCCUGGGUGCCACAGGGCUCGUAGCGGGUGGCGUUGGCAGCGGACGGAGCCCCCUCCGCGGUGUUCCAUGACCCGGCAUGGGCAGGGACACACCGGGGCUGUGACUCAUGCUGUGGCUAUAACAGGGAGCGCGGAGAGGGGGGCCGCGGCCAUCUGCGCAGCCUCAGGCCUGCGGCGCGUUGAG